AAGAGACCAGGAAAGCUCUCCGCCAGACAAGCCAGUGAGAAUCUUGUGAAGUUCAUCAAGACAGGGACCAGCAUCCAGGGGCAUCUCGAUGGAAUCGCAGACAGCCUUCAACCAUACCUGCUUGCUGUGGGAACUCAGAGGACUGUGAUUCACAAGUACUUCAUUGUCAUUGACAAACAUGCAAUAUCUUGUAAGUCAUCUGGCUCUCUUGCUUGUUUUGAUGAGCUUUUCAAAGCUCACUUUGUCUUUGGCACUUCGUACAACCACGAUCUCGUCAAUGUGUACAACUUCAUUCAGACAACCAUUUAUGAUAUCGAUAUUGAUACAACCAAGGUGAAUCCUAGAGUUGCAGAGUUGAGGGCUCGGUUGCUGCGUUGAUUCGAUUUUCUUUUCUUUGAGGGCUCCAUUACGGAAUUCAGGUAUUCAGAAAUGUUGUGUUUCAUUUGUAAGAGCUCCCAGACAAAUGCUAAUUCCCUGACAAAGCAUUUGAAAGUGAUCCACGGUCUUUGCUCUGGCAAGACACUUCGCCUUAAAUGUGGUCAGGCUGGUUGUGCUCAAGUUUAUGGCACUUUUUCUGGGUUCAGAAAGCAUCUCAAUAAAGCACAUGAAACUUGUUCUGAUCCUGGUGAAGGCCCAUCUACAGCUGAAGAUUCAGUAGGAAGUGUUUGUUAUGAUUUGCCAUCUGUAAUUCCUCCUUCUGAUUCAGUCCUGCUACAGAAAUCUCUUGUGCACAGUUGUGCUGCAACAAUAGCUGAGCUGAAAGUGGCAGGUGUAGGUGAAUCAACGAUCCACUCUUUGGUCAUUUCCAUGGAAGAGAUAGUUAAUGAUAUUCAUAAUCAAGCAAAAGAAUCUGUGAAGAGUAGUCUGUCUUUACAAGAACCAGUCAAAAGUGACAUCGAGGGCAAAAUCGAUCAGUGUUUUGAAAAAAUGGAAAAUCCUUUUAAUGCAUUCAAUUCUGGAAGUAAAAGAACACACUAUUUUGCAAAGAAAUUGGGGCAGGUAGACCCAGUUGAACAUGUUCUUGGUUCAAGAUUUGAAACCCUGCGCAAUCGAACUACAGGAGCCUACGAUCAGGUUGUUGUUACUGAUAAAUUUGUUUACAUCCCAAUUUUGAAAACUUUACAGUUUAUUUACAAUCACCCCAAUGUAAAGGAGAUGAUGCAGACUGAGUCCAAUUCAGGAGACAAUCUGCUUAAAGACUUGUGUGAUGGAGAUCUUUUCAAGAGCCAUGCUCUAUUUUCAAAGCAGAAACAUGCUAUUCAGAUUCAACUUUUCUAUGAUGAUUUCGAGACUGCUAAUCCUCUGGGGUCAAAACGGGGAAUACAUAAAUUAGGAGCAAUAUAUUUCACAUUGCGGAAUUUUUCUCCCAAGUACAACUCUGCUCUCCAUAAUAUUCAUUUGGUCUCUUUAUUUCAUGCCCAAGACAUUAAAACGUAUGGCUUCUCUAAAAUACUUGAUCCAAUUGUGCAGGAUAUUAAAAUACUGGAGAAGGAUGGAAUUAGGGUUCCCCUGUAUGAUGACCUGGUAUAUGGAACUAUUGUCCAAGUUACUGGUGACAACCUUGGCCUUCACUGUUUGUUUGGUUUUGUACAAUCAUUUGUUGCCAGAUAUUGUUGCCGCUUUUGUCUUGCUGACAAAGAGGACUUUCAAACAGAGUUUACUGAGGAUUCACCCAAGAUAACUAUGCGAACUCAAGCACUUCAUGCAGAACACUGCCAACAAAUGGAAACAAAUCCCAGACUUCCCUAUGUGAUGGGUGUUAAACAGUCUUGUCUUCUGAAUUCAUUGCAGUACUUCAACACAUGUGAACAUUUCUCUGUUGAUAUUAUGCAUGAUAUCUUGGAGGGAGUGGCACAAUUUGAAAUGAAACUGAUAAUAUUACAUGUAAUAGACCAAUACACAACAUCAAAGGAAGUAGACAGGAGAAUUAAGAGCUUUAACUAUGGCUACAUGGAACAAAACAACAAACCCCCUACAUUGAAGUUAGUCGAGGACUCGAAUAACCUAGGGUUAAAUGCCAUCCAGUCCUGGUGUCUACUGCAAUCUACCACUCAUCUUUGGAGAUUUGGUUUGUCCAAAUGA